ACGGCAUUGUUUGCGAUGGCACCGUUUUUGGAUAGACGCGCUCCCGCUUUGCUCUUGAUCUGGAGUUACUGCGUCGUAGCCGACGCGACUUUUACAAACUUUUCCGUGGACAACGAGUUUCAUUCCAGUUUCAUCCACCGUCGGCUGAGGAGCCAGGAGCGCAGGGAGAUGCAGCGGGAGAUUCUAUCCAUCUUGGGGUUGCCGCACCGGCCGCGACCGCAUCUUCACGGCAAGCACAACUCUGCCCCCAUGUUUAUGUUGGACCUGUACAAUGCCAUGUCAACAGAGGGGGACGACGACAGGUACUCCUAUCCAUACAAGCCCAUCUUCACCACGCAGGCACCCCCCAUCGCCAGCUUGCAAGACAACAACUUCCUGAAUGAUGCAGACAUGGUCAUGAGCUUUGUAAAUCUAGUGGAGCACGACAAGGAAUUCCUGCCAGUGCGGCGGCAUCAUCGAGAAUUCCGAUUUGACCUGUCCCAGAUUCCUGACGGCGAGGCGGUCACUGCUGCUGAGUUUCGUAUUUAUAAAGACUUCAUCCAAGAACGUUUUGAUAACGAAACAUUUCGCAUCAGCAUCUACCAAGUGCUGGAGGAACAUUCUGAUAGGGAGUCUGACCUUUUUCUGCUGGACUCACGAGUCAUUUGGGCUGCAGAGGAAGGCUGGCUGGUUUUCGAUGUGACGGCCACCAGCAACCACUGGGUCCUCAACCCAGGAAGAAAUCUGGGUCUGCAGUUGGCUCUGGAGGGCACAAACGGAGACAGCAUAAACCCACGCGCGGCAGGGUUGAUCGGUCGGAGCGGGCCGCAGAAUAAACAGCCAUUCAUGGUGGCCUUUUUCAAAGCCACUGAGGUGCACUUGCGAAGCAUUCGUUCUGCACAAGGAGGUUCCAAGCAGCGUAACCCUAAUCGUGCCAAAGGGGCAAAGAGCCAAGAAGCCUUGCGAAUGGCCAACAUUGCAGAGAACAGCAGCACUGAUCAGAAGCAGGCAUGCAAGAAGCACGAGCUGUACGUCAGCUUCCGAGAUCUCGGGUGGCAGGACUGGAUUAUCGCCCCAGAAGGAUACGCAGCAUACUACUGUGAGGGCGAGUGUGCCUUCCCACUCAACACCUACAUGAACGCCACUAAUCACGCCAUUGUGCAAACACUCGUUCACUUCAUCAACCCGGACACAGUUCCUAAGCCUUGUUGUGCGCCCACGCAGCUCCACGCCAUCUCUGUGCUGUACUUUGACGACAGCUCCAAUGUCAUCCUCAAAAAGUACCGCAACAUGGUUGUCAGAGCUUGUGGCUGUCACUAG